GGAACAGCUUAUAUAAAGCCUCACUCACCUAAACUAUACAAUUGUUUUAUAUGACUAAUUGACGUUCACGUGAAACGGGUCAGGCAAGCUUUACAUAUUUGAUGAAGCUGUGCAACGAUUCAUUGACGUUGUUUCUCUUGUCGUGAUGGCUGUAACUCUGUUUGUUCUUUUUGUACUUCUGCUUUCUAGUCACGAGGCUGAUGGGAUCCUGCGCUUUGCCUCCUACUAUGGAGACCAUAUGGUCCUGCAGAAGUCUCCAGAGAGAGCGGUGCUGUGGGGCUAUGGCCCUGAAGAUGCUCAUGUCUUCCUCCUCUUGAUCGGACCAACAAAUCAGAAAGCUUCACCUGUCAAUGUGACAAAAGGUAUCUGGAGGGUCACCAUUGACCCUGUUGAAGCUGGUGGUCCCUACACUGUGAUAGUAGCCACUGAGAAUAGCACAGCCACUCUGACUGAUGUGCUGUUUGGAGAUGUUUGGCUGUGUGGAGGACAGAGCAACAUGUACUUUAAUAUGUCGCAGAUUUUCAAUGCAUCCGAGGAGCUGGCCAUUGCAGCAAAGUUCCCCCAUGUGAGAACUUUUAUGGCAGGAUUGAUAGAGAGUAAAACGGAGCUCACUGAUUUGACUAAAGUGGAACUUCCCUGGGCCGUGCCUACAGAAGAAUCUGUGGCACCUUUCUCUGCAGUGUGCUGGCUCUUUGGUCGUUACAUGUACAAGUACCUGAAUUACCCAAUAGGACUGGUUGAGUCCUGUUGGGGAGGCACACCUGUUGAGGUCUGGUCAUCUUCAAGAGCACUGAAGCAUUGUGGACUGGAGGAACCUGAAGAUGGUCCUAAAGGAAACUCUAUGUUGUGGAAUGCAAUGAUUCAUCCACUGCUUAACAUGACCAUUAAAGGAGCCAUCUGGUACCAAGGUGAGGCAAAUACAUACUAUCAUACAGACGAGUACAACUGUUCCUUCCCUGCUAUGAUCGAUGACUGGAGGAUGGCGUUUCAUCAGGGCUCAGGGGGGCAGACAGCGCCAGACUUCCCCUUUGGAUUUGUCCAGCUGUCCACAGACAGAAAAGGCUCAGCUGAUGACGGCUUUCCGGACAUCCGCUGGCACCAGACAGCAGACAUUGGCUAUGUUCCUAACGGGAGGAUGAAGAGAACCUUCAUGGCAGUGGCUUUGGAUUUACCAGAUGAGACCUCUCCCUACAGCACGAUCCAUCCCAGAGACAAGCAGGAUGUAGCCUACAGACUGACAUUAGGAGCAAGGGCUGUGGCUUAUUAUGAGAAGCAUGUGCCCUUCCUUGGACCUUUCCCUCAACAAAUUUUGUCAGCUGCAACUUAUGUCAACAUUACCUAUGACCAGAACGUGUCUGUCACACCAUCUAAAGUCAUCUUUGAGAUCUGCUGCUCUGGGACUCAGGAUCCAUGUGGGCCUACGUCCAAAUGGGUUCAAGCUCCCAUCGUGCAAUGGGGUCCAACGACUGUCCAGUUAUCUGCCCAACUCUGUCCAGUUACUGAUGUGGUUGCUGCCCUCCGGUAUGCAUGGAGAGACUGGCCUUGUGACUUUAAAGCUUGUCCAAUCUACAGUGCCAGUGGGAUUUUACCUGCACCUCCUUUUCUUAUCAACCACUAUCCAGGCGAAGACAAUAUCUGGAUAAACUAGUAACUCAGAUACUACAAGACAGAGUAAUAUAAAAAAGUAGCCUUUUGUGAAAUUGUUUAAGUUGAUAGGACACUAGCCUGUGCCUGAUUGGAUGAUGCUGUAAGUGAUGGAGGUUUUCAUUGCGCUGAAUGUAUGCUAUGUAAAUGCUCUGAUAAAGCAUCCAGCCAUACGAAGGAUGUUUAAUUUCCUUUGAUUUUGUUUAUUUUGUAUCAUUGUUUUUAUGAUUGGUUUGACACUAACAAAUCCAUUUUGAAACAAGUUACAGGAUUUAUAGUACAAAAGCAGCAGACUGAAGUCUGGAGUACCAAAGGAAAAAUUGGCCUUUUACAGAAUAUUAAUGAUAUUAUUUUUUUGAUGCAUUAAUGUGUCCCUCAUUUUGUUGUCACUGCUACAGCUGGAGCUAAUCCUAUUUGAGUAAUAUAGAAAUUGUUUGAAUUCUUUUUUUUUUUUCAUGGCCUACAUAUAGCCAGGGCACAUAAGAUAUUUUGACAAAUAAUGUAUUCAUUCUAUUUUGCAUUAUAAAUCUGAAUCUGAUAAAUAACUAGCAAACAAACUUCAGAUUUUCUCUAAAUUCUGUGGCGUAAGAAGUAUUUUUUUAAGGACAAAAAGGCUUUUUAAAAUUUGUACAGAACGUAUAGGCUACUGUAAUUUGUAACUUUCACCCACUCAGUCGUUAAAUGUAAAAAAGUAAACUAUAGCUUGUUAAGCUAAUAUAAGAUUUCAGAAUUGUGUUGCCAAACGGUCCAGUUUGAAGGUGAUUCAUGUCGCGUUGCUCUGUGGGUAAUGAGUUUUAUCACCUGUUGUAUUGACGCACGUUCCUAACGGAGUGUGUCCAGUAGCGGAGCACUCGGCGACGGAAAUCUGUCAUAGCGACGGAGAACCUCACCUACCCUGUGACUAUAUGAAUGUGAAAUGAGUUGAGUUUUAUCAUGUUUAUAUCAUGAGUCAGUCUUAAUGACUUUGUUUAUUUUGCACAAAUUAAAGACAAAUUUACUACUGA